AACGAACUUUCAAAAGUUGGAUGAAUGGCUUCAAUGAAGAAGAAGAAGCUCUCCUCCUCUAAAGUGCAUCACAAGUCUCUGAAAUGUACCGUAAACUUGGACAUUCACACAGUCACAUGUCCAGGAGUGCUCCUGACUAAAACCAACGAUAUCUACCUCAGUGUGUGUAUCAUGGGCCAGUACAGGAAGACUCUCUGUUUGCCACCUGCAUUCCCUUUGCUCUUCCACCACAAAAUGUUUUUUGUGAAGACUUUCCCCGGUGUUGUUGACCCUGCUGAUAUAGCUGACCUCCUGGAAGCUGACACAACAUCUUUUGAGCUGAUUCAGUUGGUGCCUCCAGAGGGUGAGGUCCUAGCCACGAUGGAGGAGAGCAGCAGAGAUUUCCUGUACCCUGGUCCCAGACUGAGCUCCAGAGAAGGAGCUGCAGAGAGAGAGAUACUUAUGAAGAGGUCCUCCUCCUUUCCUGGAAUCUCCCCCAAAGUGGAGUUUGCCACGACAUCAGUCAUAGAGGAGAGUGAUGGGAGAGACAGCUGGACUGCCUCACCUACUUGCUGUCUUUCACCAGUGAGGCCAUCUGUAACCUUAUCCAGAGAGAGUCCAGCAAAGAAGUGUUUGCAAUCCAGCGGGCUUGUUUCCAAAAUAGAUUUUGCGAACUGUGUCUCUUGGAAAGGUGGGGAGGAGAGGCUAAAUGUUGAGGCUAGAAUUAAGAACUCUGCAUCGUCCUCGACAUCCAGACGCUCCCCUUCUUCAUCCCACUCUGGCCAAAGUCCCCAGAAAAACAAGAAAGACAGAAAACACCCUUCUCCUAGAGUUUCUGUAGACUACCAGCAGCCCACGGUUUCCUCAAGGACACGAGCCUUGUCCCCUUACACCCACCGCAAGAUGUGCCAGCUGUCAGAGGACGCCAGGCAGAGGCUCAGCCAUCUCCAGCUGGGGCCUCAUCACUUCAGGAAGGAGACGGAGAGCCAGCCGCCCUUCUUGGUCUCCUGUUGCAGUAGUGCCUCUCUGAUGGCAACUCCUUCCUCCUCUCCACACAGUGAUAGCAUGCAUCGGCACUCAGUCAGCUUCACAACAGAUCACACAGAUUCUUCUCUGCUGGGCAGUCACAGACCAAGAACAGCAGUGAAGUCGGGUUCUGUGAGGAUGCAGUCGUCUCCACAGACACGGUCCAGACUUGAGGCUCAGACCCAAAGCCGUGUGAGAGGAGCUGCCUCAGCUCAGAGCACCCUGAGCGUGUCCAACUCCAGAAGUCCUGUGAAUCUCAGCCGUUCCCUCAGAGAAAGGCUCCAGACCAGUCAGCUCAGUCCAUCCUACUGCGAGCAGAUCCACAGCCGAGUCGAGAAGAUUCUGCAGACUCACAAAACCACCUGACCGCCAAGUGACCUUUGACCUUUAAUAUCCUGAUUUGCCCACAAGGGGACCAAACAAGUGAGGCAACAAUACAAAGACUGUUUACUGUUAAACCAAUGCUUCUAAUAAUGCAUACACUCUAUUCACAGUCUGUGGGAGUGGAUACACACACACACACACACACACACCUUCUUUACCUUAGGACUUUAUCAUUCAGUGAGAAACAUCUCACACACAUGUAUCUUUGUUUAUGUCCUUUUGACGGUCAUUUAAAUUUCAAAUCUUCCCAAGCACCCGCUGAGCCGUGUUUGUUGUCGUCACUCUUUGAAAAGAGGGACAUUAGCAGGGGUUAUGAUCAAAAGCAUAGCAGCACUGCUUCCCUCCCACCCAUCAGCUGGGUUAUAUAUAUAUAUAUAUAUAAUUUUUUUUUUUUUUAAAUGCUCCAAUUGUGAAACCAAACGGAGACGUCGUCUAAUUUCUCUAAAGCUGUGUUUGAAAUUGGCUCGUGUAUAAAGAAACGACAUUGUGUGUGUGUGUGAAGAAGACAUGGAGGAUGUAAGCUGCAGCUGUUAAGGGCUCAUCUCUCGCAACACAAAAGAGAGACAAGAAGGUAGCCCACAGCCACCGUUGGGAGCCAGCAGCUACAAGAGACUGAAGAGAUUUAAGAGAGAGGAGGAACAAAAGUAAUCCUGAAUGAAAGAGCAGAAGAAGCAAGAAAUUUAGCCUCAACAUAAAUUAAAACGGUCAUUCAGAUCCAUCGUGUUCCACUGAAAUGUCUUGAACAGUGAAACAGUGUUUGUGUCCUCAUCAAAGCUCGUCUGGCUACUUUCAAUCAACCAUGGGAGCUGUAUUACAUCUUUUAUCAAUGUGCUCUCCUCAGAUAUACCUACAGAUUAGUUCUGAAUGAGAAAUAUAGAAUAUAUAUACAUAUUAGAGUCACGGUGUAAAGUUUAAUAACCUUCAAGCAUCUGCUUCAUCUUUAUUACCAGUGACAGCGUCUGAACACAUGACAUCAUUGAAGCCCAGUUUGCAGGUUAAACUUGGCCAAAUUGUUUGUAUACAUUAAAAAAUGACAGUAUUAAAUUGCAAAUGAUGUAAAUCGUCUUUAAAUGUUAUUAGCAGUAAUGAAACAUUGGUUGUGAUAAAUCUAGUCGAACUGCUUGAUAGUGAUUCAUAUGAAGUCUGAAACCGCUGCAGUAUUUGUAAAGAAUGUCCCACAGUACUUACAGCGUGUCUCAUCAGGGUCUUAAACAUCUUACUUUGUGUUAUUCAUGCUACAAGACACAUUUUCAGGCUGUGAUGUGUAAUUUACAAGAAGCAUUACAAACAUGGUACCAGUCAUCAACGAAAAUAUUUUAAUGUUCAUUUGCAUGUAUAUUUAGAAAGACAAUGAUUACUGUGCAGUAAAGUGUUUGGGAGAUACAGGUCCAUUUGAUUAAAAAAGAAGGUUGGUUUCAAUUGUAAAUAUAAGCAAUUUGUUUUAAUAUCAUUCAACAACCCAUAAUAU